AUGGAAUAUGAAGCAAACUUCUCACAUAAAUUUAACUCUAUAAACAAUAUCUUAAAAGCAAUUCAUAAAGAGGCUCUUAUCAAUUUCCUCGUAUCAAUCACUGACUGGUCGACUGCUAUAAUUCCUCCGCUACUUAUGACAGUUGGUGCAUUUUACAUGCAAUUUUUUAGUUCGGUUGUGAUAUCACCUUAUUAUUUCUCACCCUUCGAUAUUAUAAAAAAAAUCUUAUUUCCACGCUUAUUUAAAGUCGCUAUAUACUUCUCAAGUUUUCUCAUCUCCUUCAAUUGGCUAAAUCAAUUUGAUGAUGUGGAAGAAGACAAACUUAACAAACCCUUUCGUCCCAUUCCAUCCGGUCUCGUCACAGUUGAAGGUGCACGACGCCGGUUAAUCGCAUUUAACAUAAUAUUUCCAAUUGUAUCUUAUCUCAUCGGUGGUUUGCCUUUACUUAUCAGCGCUUUUCUUUGGCAAAUGUGGUUUGUCACUUAUAAGCUUCUCAACCUUAGUGUCAAUGCUCUCUGCAAGAAUUUCUUUUCGGCUUUUGGUGCAUGGAUUAUGUUUGUCGUUACCAGUAAUCUUAUAACUGGUACUGAGUUUAAAGUAUCUAAAUGGUGGGGCUGUGAACCGUGCCCAUUUAAACUUUCGGUUGUUAUAUUUGUGUUCUUCACCCUUCAAGUCCAAGAUCUUCGGGAUCAGAAAGGCGACGCUCUUAUUGGUCGUAAAACAUUACCCCUUCUUAUUGGUGAUAACAUUUGUAGGCGGUUAACUGCUAUAGCAUUUGUCCUGUCCGCAUUUUUCUUAUAUGGUUCUGCGAAUUAUUUUUUGAUAUUGCCUGGUGUCAAAAAGCUCAACACAUCUGUUCCAUCAGAAUUCACUAUUAUCGAAAUUAUUCUUUUUGCUGUAAUAGCGUGGACAUGUGUUAGAUUGAUUAAAUAUAGGGACCAAAGAGAGGAUCGCUAUACUUAUGAGAUAUGGUAUAGCGGGUUUUAUGCUGUACUUUGCUUUUAUUAUGGAAUGACUAUUGGCACAUUCUCUAACAAUAUAUCAUUAAAUAAUGCGAUUUCCAUAGUAGAUUAUUGA